ACAUAUCGAAUAAUUGAAAUGCUGUUUACCUUGACUCCUUGUAGGUUUCUUUACGCACUCGAUCUGGUUUCCGCCUGCUUUGUUAUUCAACCUGCAUAACUUUCCUUGAGAUUCACAUUUGCGACAAUCAGGAAGACAAAGAGGAUGACUAACUAUAUGGAUCUACAAAUAGGUUUGAGAAAUAUUCACUGCCAACAGCGAAGAUUUGGUAUCCAGGACCACCAAGACAUGCAACCAAUUUAUACUGAUCUCUCCGUAAAUCAGAAGAACAGUUGAAGAGUGAGUAGCUAGUCGAUUCCAUGGCAGGGAAAUGGAAUGGAGAGGCAACUCUUACCUUUCUGAGCUGCCUAACUCCCUCGAACAACUCUCUCUUGGUGCAGACUGAUGGUAUCUGUCUCAAAAGAGCCCCCGCUGUAAACUCCACGUCUGGUGGACGGUGCUCGUAUAUAAAACUCGGAUCCUUGCAUAUAACAGAUCUAGAGAACAUGUGCAGAUCAGAUGCUGUAGCCAUGACAUCGAUGCGAUUCAGGAAUCAAGAUAAGGCUUCUCUUGCUGAAAUCCAUGCCUCUCUUCUGUAUGGAUUCGAACUUUCAUGGUUCAGUGUGCACUGCCCCAACUGCCAGGGACAAGUAACGUAGCUGGCUCCGUGGAGAUACAUGCAGAGUAAUGACAUGCUCCGGUUCGAAAAGGAGUGUGUCUUGUGCUAUUUCCGAAGAAACGGUGCAGCUCUCGAAGGGAUUAGCAAUUGUGCUAAGUUUCCUCAUUUACAUAUGCGGGUACGGAUUGGCGGUGAGGAUUGCGAUAGGACUUCCUUCCUUGCUGGUGAUUUUAAUCUGCAGGUGUCGAAGAAGGCAUUUGUCGAAGUUUCGUGACAUUGAAGGUUUCCUGCAAGAUCAGAGCAAUCUGGCGCUGAUCAGAUACUCGCUGUCGGACAUAAAGAAGAUAACGAAAGGCUUUCAACAGAAUCUAGGAGAGGGAGGCUAUGGUUCUGUUUACAAAGGAAAGCUUCCCAGCAGUGGCUAUGAAGUAGCUGUGAAGAUGCUGAACAACAUCAAAUCCAAUGGACAGGAUUUCAUCAACGAAGUCGCGAUGAUCGGGAGGAUCCACCACUCGACGACAUGUGCUCUGGUCUAUGAUUUCAUGCCUAAUGGUUCCCUCGACCGGUACAUUUCAACGAGCAAAGACCGAUCGACACCCUUGGAUUGGAAGAGGAAGCACGAGAUCGCAGUUGGCGCAGCAAAGGGAAUCGAUAAUCUACACCGAGGCUGCAACAUGCAAAUCCUGCAUUUCGACAUCAAGCCUCACAACAUACUACUGGACAGUGAAUUCAACCCCAAGCUCUCCGAUUUCGGGCUUGCGAAGCUCUACUCGAACAAGAACACGUCUUUGGCGCUGACAGCUGCUCGAGGGACGAUAGCGACAAUGGUAGCCGGUAUUUUCCAAACUAGAUGUACGAUCAUUUCGACAAAGGUAAGGAACAUGAAGAAAAUGAUCAUAGUUACAUUGUGGUGCAUGCUGAUGGUUCCGACUGAUCGUCCCUCAUUGAGGGACGUCAGUCAGGAAUGCUUGAAAGUGAUGAUGGAGAUCUGGACAUAUUCGGUGACUGAGGAUCAAACUUUUAGUAGUUAUUCCAGUUGAAUUUUGAUUUAUAUAGUAAUUUAUAAAAUUAAAAAUAUAUACAC